CCAUGGCCGCCGGUGGCGGGCGGGAGCUGCUCCGCCUCAUCCACCAGCACCUGCUGCGCGGCGGGCUUCGCGCGGGCCGCCGCGAACUGCAGGCGCAGACCGGGCAGAAGUUGCUCCCUUCCCUCUCGACCUCUCUCGAGGACAUCUUUACUCACUGGGAAAAAACUCCCCCAAAUUCGAGGAGAAGAAAGUUGAGUGAUGACGAGGCAGCCAUCCCAGAAAAGAUCAGAGUUCCUGAUCCCGUGAGCAGCUCUGAGAGCUCAGAGAAAGAAGAGGAUGAGAAAGAAAAGGCAAAAGCUGCAAAUGCAGCCAGCCUUUCUCUGGCCACGAACUCAGCAGUGACUGUAGAAAGCAGUGAGGAGGAUGAGUCCUCGUCAGAAGAGGAGACGCCGGCUGGGAAAGGUGCAGUGGCGGUAACACCAGUUGUGGUGGGUGGCAAAGCUGCCAACUCCCUGCAUUCUCCUCCCAAGCCCACUGCCCCAGCGGGCAGAGCAGCGGCACUCCCUGCUCCCGACAGAACUGUGCUCUCCAACAACAAGCAGCAGCCCAAUGCUCUGGCUGCAGCUCCAGCUCCAGCCAAGGCACAGAAACUGCCUGCUCCUGGGAAGCCCAAACAUGCCACAGCAGCUGUGGCCAAAGUAGGGCAAAGCAAAGCACCAGUAGUGAGCAAAGCACCGGAAAGUUCCAGCAGCAGCAGCAGCUCCUCAUCCGAGAGCGAGGAGGAACAGGAGACACCGACUGUGAAGGCCCCAGCCCCCAAAGCGGAGCCGAAGCAGGCGGCUGGGGCUGCCGAGAGCAGCAGUGAGGAAUCAAGUGAGGACACAUCCUCUGAGGAAGAGGAGCAGCUGGCAACUCCAGCCGUCCAGGCAAAACCAGCUGUGAAAGCAGCACAGUUCAAUGCAGCACCUGUGAAAAGUGCACCUACUUCUCCGGUGUCUCACAAGAAGAAUGCAGUGAAGCAAACAGUGCUGGCACCAAGCCACACCAAACCUACAUCCACAACGGUUCCAGGGGCUGCGCAGCCCGUUGACACAUCAGAGAGCAGCAGCUCAUCAGACAGUGAAGAUGAAGAACUUCCUUCAGUAACCCAAACAAAGUCACCUCCAAAAUCCUCCCAGGCCGUCCCAUCCCCAGUGAAACCUACACCAGCAGCAUCACUUUCCGUCAAAGCAUCUCCAGCAAAAACACUUCCAGUGUCACAAGGGAAGCCAGCACCAAAAAAAGCAGUGCCAAAGCAGGCUAAAACCCUGCUGGGAAGGACUGCUGCUCCCACAAAGCCUGCUGAAAGUGUAAAGCCAGUGGAAAGCUCUGACUCUUCAGACAGUGAAGAGGAGGAUCUCCCUGUGCCCAUCAGCCAGAAGAGGUUAACAGAACAGCCCGGGCCUGUUCCCAACCUGAGCCAGACUGCUAAAGCUGGGCCGCCUGAAAAAGCAGUGGGAAGCACCUUGAAAAGCCAGGUCUCAGAAAGUGGGAGCAGUGACUCGUCUGACAGUGAAGAGGAGUCCCCUGCAGCACAGAGGCAGCCUCCACAAGCUGUGAAAACCAAUUCUGUGCCCCAGCCAACAAAUGUGAAGAAGGCACUGGCUUCGGCACCAGCCACAGCCCCUCCAGCUGUGGACAGCAGCGAUGAUUCCAGCGAGGAGUCAGAUUCAGAGAACGAAAUAGUCCCCCCUUCUCAGAGUCUACCCCAGCAGAAUGUCAAAGUGACUGCGGUUUUGAGCACGGUGGCUGCAAAGGCCAAUGCCACCCUGCCCGCAGGGAAGAAGGUAAAAACUCCUGCUGUCCCUCCAGCAAGCAGAGUGUCUGAGAGCUCCAGCAUGGAUUCCUUGGAGCACAAUGUGCUGACAGGAAAGGCCCCCGCUGCUUCCAGCUUAAAGCAAACGGUUCCUGUGGGAAAAGCUCCUCCAGCCAACACUGCCGCCCCUCAGGCUGCUUUGCUCCCAGAAAGUUCCACUGGCAAGGUGAAGAAGCCAGGCCUGCAGCCAGUGCAGAAUGCCCAGCUGAGCCAGACCACACUGCCCACCCAGGCAGAGGACACCACAGACAGCAGCAGUUCCUCUGACAGUGACGAGGAGGAGGCGCCCAAGGAGCCCCCCAGAACUGCAGGCUCGCUGCAGAAACCAGGAGUGACCCAGCCAGCCCACAGCUCCUCCUCAGAGUCCAGUGAGGAGGAGGAGGAGGCAGCAUCACAGUCCCUCCUCACAGGCUAUCUGGGCUUCUCCAAGGCCCCAGCAGCACCUCAGGCCCCAAAGACGGUUCCUUCCCAGCCUGUGGGUGAAGUGGGGCCGGGGAAGGCAGCUGUGACUGCUGCAAACUCUCCCGCCAAGGCCCCUCUGAAAGCAGCCCCAGCCGACAGCUCAAGCACUGACAGCAGUGACUCCGACACAGAUGACAACCAGGUGGCUGCAAACCACAAAGCAGAAAACAACCCCCCUUCAGGGCAGGAAGCCACAGAAGCCUCCAACAAAGAGAAGGUGGCAGGAAAAACAGAGCCAGGUCAUGCCAGCCGCAAACCUUCACUCAAGAAAGCCUUGGCAGCGAAAGAGAAUGAUGUUGGUGCAAAAGAGGUGCAAGUGACCCCAGCACCAUCACAUGCCCCGCUCUCCGUCCCACAGUCAGGGGAGCCAAGCUCAGGGAGCGAAACCGAGGUCACCACUGCUGCCAAAGUCCCUGCAGUGCAGGCAGUGGAAGGAUUGGAAGCGAAGAAGAAGAAGAAAAAGGAGAAAAAAGAAAAGAAGGAAAAGAAGAAACCAUCCUCCACGGCAGACAAGGCUGUGAAACCGUCUAAGAGCAAAGACAAAGAGAACAAGAAGCAGAAAACGUCUCAGAAGCGGAAACUGGGGGGAGAGGAUGGGGCUGUGGGGCAGCCCAAGGAGAAGAAACGGAAAGGGCAGGCUAAUGAAGAAGUACCCAAAAAGAAAAAAAAGAAAGAAGAUGGUGACCCGGAGAAGACGGCAGGCAGCAAGGAAAAGAAAAAACCAGCUAAAAAAAAGAAGACUGGAAAAGAAAAGAAGAAAAGCAAAAAGGUGUCUUUUGAAGGGGAGCCUGUAGCAGAUGGCUCUGCUGAGGUUCACAAGAAGAAGAAGAAGAAGAAGAAAACAGCUGAGCCUGAAGGACUGUGAGAAGGUACCGCAUUCCUGUGAUUAAGGAUUUAUGGGUGAAGAUCAAACAGAAGAAAGGAAAAGGAAGCUCAUCAGGAGAAUUCCAACUUUUUUUUAAAUAUAAUUUAUAACUUCUUUUAACUGUGACUUUUAGAGCAGAGCAGUGUAACUUUCUGCCUCCUCCUGCCCUGCUGGGGCCCAGAGAUGUGUUUAUUGUCCCUCCCCAUGGAACAGAACUGGAGAAGGCAGUUUGACCAGAGCAGAGCACAAACUGCUUUUCUCCUUGUUGACACCCAGUCGUCCCUUUCUCUUACCACAGAGCUAUAUUUUUAAGAGAAACCUUUACCUUUUUUUCCCCUCCUCCUUCUGUGACUUGUGGUGUCAGUCCUUUUGCUACUACAGAAGAGAGCUCGGGUUUCCUUUUUAUUCUAACACUGACAGUAGUGAUUAUCAUGUCCGUGGAGUUGCACUGAACAGCUGUGUCCAGCAGUUGUUCUCAGCCAAGGCAGAGUCAGUUUUUGUGUUGUUUUUUUAUGGAGUACAAAAUAAAACCCAACAA